UUUGGAGAUUAGCAUGCAACAAUCAUACAAUAUUGAUAUUUUUACCAUUUGAUUUUGAUACCUGUAGUAAAUACUUGUAAUUAAUUCAGUGUGUUUUUUAUAGUUGAGACUUGUGUUGGUUAGCCUAUGGUUGAGACUUAUUUGAAGUAUGCAUAGCACGAAUGACCACUCUGGUGCACCAUAUGAGGAGUUGAGGAAAGAACAAGAAGGUCCUGAUUCAGAUGCAGAAUCUUCUAACUUUAAUAGUGACACUCACAGUGAUUCAUCAUCCCCACUGCUAUACCCUGAAACAGAUGAAGAUGACAAUGUUAUGGACGAAUCUUCAUUACAGACAGAAGCUGAAGGAAAUGAAGAUGAAGAAGACCCUGUAAUAACAGCAAUCUUGCGAGCUCGAGAGAAGCCCAGUGAGAAACCCCCAGAAGUAGAAGUGGAGGACUACCUGGCAGACAUCAGCUUUAGCCCUACUUCUGAUGUAAUCGCUGGUGGCUCAGUUACUGGUGAUGCCCUCAUUUAUAAGUACAGUGUAGACAAGACUGAAUUGGUGGCUACCCAUGAAGUACACAACAAAGCAAUCCGAUCUGUGGAGUUCUCGGAGGAUGGAAAUGUUCUGUUCACAGCAUCAGCAGAUAAGAGUAUCAUGGUGACAGACGUUGCUUCUGGAAAACUGAGACAGUUUUAUGAUGACGCUCAUGAGGAUCCGUUAUAUACUCUAGCUGUCAUCAAUGAAAAUUUAAUUGCAACUGGUGAUGAAAAUGGUGUUGUUCGAAUGUGGGACUUGAGGCAAAGGACACAUGUAUUUUCAUCCAAAAAGAUGGAGGAUUACAUCAGCAAGAUUCUCACCAAUGAGGAAGCCAGAUACUUGGUGUGCACUAGUGGAGAGGGGACUGUCACGUCUUUUGAUAUUGCUGGGAAAUGUCUUCAUAUUCAGUCAGAGCUGUAUGAGGCAGAGUUCACCUGUGCUGGAUUGUUCCGCAAGGAGACCAAGUUAGUAGUUGGUUCGGCCAGGGGCUCGCUAGUGUUCUACAAGUGGGGACAGUUUGGUCUUCACACUGAUGACUUACCGUGGACAUCCAAGAAGUCCAUCAGUUGCAUGGUGCCUGUCAGUGAAAACAUUGUUCUAACAGGAUGGGAGGAUGGCUGCAUCAGGGCCACUUAUCUGUUCCCUCACAAACAGUUAGGUGUGGUGGGCCAACACAGUCUCUCAGUAGAGGCUCUGGACAUCAGCCAUGAUGGAGCGUAUGUUGCGUCUUGCUCUCUGGACAACAAGCUACGGUUCUGGCCUGUUGGCUAUUUUGAAGACUCAGAUCUCCUUGCAUCAGUUGCUGAUAGCAAGAAGCCAUUGAAUUUGCCUUCGUCUAAUGUGAUAGAUCGAUCUCAAUUUUUUUCAGAUCUUGCAUAAGUUCUGAUUGGAUGGACUUUGAAAUCAUCAUACCUUUAGUGAUAUUUUGGAAUGAUGAUAAUAUCCUCUCAUAUCAUGAGAGUGCCUUAAUAAAGUUUAUAUACUCAUCCAAAAAAUUUGGACUGGCCAUAUUGGAAAAGGAGCAAAUUACAAAUGUUAGGCCUACUUAUUUGUUGAUAACAAAUUUU